CCAAAUUGGAGUUCAUCGCUCUAAGUUCGAAUAUUUUGGUUGGGAUUUGUAUAAAUGCUGAAUGACAAUAGUAAUAACGAUCACAUUUUGUUGUCAUCCCAAGCAGCAACAAGCACAUCGGCAAAAAAAAACUCAACAGUCAUGAAGAGUAUCAUUGCAUCCCUCCUGAUGGCCGUAGUGAUCGUUACUGCAGAAGACGGGGACUCCCCUGUACCCGUUGCUGCAGCUGUUCCUGUUGUGGCAUCCGUAGUUCCGACCGUUCAAACCAUUCUUCCGCAGACGGUUUACGUUCCUCCUCCCCCAAUCUUUGCCGUUCCACCAACAGUUGUGGCCGCUCCUGCAGCCGUAGUUGCAGCUCCAACGACAGUCUUUGGUGCUCCAGUCGUCUCCGCUGCCACCGUGGUUGCUGCUCCCGCAGCAGCUGUGGUCGCUAGCGUUCCUGCGGUGCUAGUUGAUGGACAGCCAGAAGUGCGAUUUAGGUCCGCUAACCGGGGCGCCGUUCAUGAGGGCCCACUUCCAGGGCACACCGUUUCGCAGCAGUCGUUGAAUUUGAUUCCGGCUCCGGGAACAUUAUAGGAUUGAUUGCUUAGAGUUCCACUCAAGAAUGGUAAUAUUUAUAAUAAAGAAUAAUUUAUGAUUGAUCAUAA